UCCAGGGUUGUCAGAUGACCGGUUGCCUUAAUGGUGGUUCCUGUAUUCGCGACAUAAAAAGGCAAACCUUCUCGUGCGCUUGUCAACAACCUUGGAUCGGGGAAAGAUGUCACAUGAUCAGUCUCGGCGCAUGCGGUGGGGGUGAAUGGACGCUGGUUAUGAAAAUAAACGGCUCUCAGAAAACUUUUCACUACGAUUCUAAUCUCUGGAGCAACAAUGAAACCUUCAAUAUUGACGGAGGAAAGACUGGCUUUGACUCCCAAGAGACCAAGUUAACGGCCUAUUGGAACACAUCUUUCACCAAGAUCUGCCUCGGUAUGAAGAUCGAACAACAUAUUAACUUCAUACUCAUCAACCGGCAAGCUAAUUCCCUCUACUCAUUAAUCGCCGAUGGAAACCAGACCAAGUUAACGGCCUAUUGGAUCACAUCUUUCACCAAGAUCUGCCUCGGUAUAAAGAUCGGACAACAUAUUAACUUCAUACUCAUCAACCGGCAAGCUAAUUCCCUCUACUCAUUAAUCGCCGAUGGAAACCGUCGCACGACCUCGUUGGGCCGUGACGCGUGGAUAAAGCUGAUCGGUUCACAGGCAUCGUUACAGCCCAAUUGCAGCCGAGAGGGGUUUAAUGUGAAAUGCGAUGGAUCAGGAAGACCGAAAGCUCGCAUUGGAAUCCUCGGAAAUAACGAGAAGGACUGCAACAGUUGUGACUCCAGAAUCGGGUUCGGCACAGGAGGUAAGCAUGAUGACGACAACACCUGCGGAAGCGAAGCUAAAUAUGGUAAUAUACAUAUCAAAGCGAUGGGAUACAUUUUGGUACAAUGAGAUGAGAACAAGCGAUAGAGAUGUGGUUCAAAGUCACUGUCGAUUAUUGCAGGGUAAAACCGUCUUAUGCAUUGUAUGAUCCAUGCAAGUAAUCUUGUUCCUCAGGGACCUCGUUGCAUGACUCAACGCUCGGGGCACAGGACCUGAGCUCCGCAUCUAUUGGGGUUGGGAACGAGAUUAGUGUAAUAGGCCUGCGCUCAUUUGAUAAAUUAUGCUGUUUUCUUUACUGCUAAAGCUUGCUAUUGAAAGAAUCAAAUUGUUACUUUUCCAAAAGAAGUAUGUGGCGACUGACUGUUUUGUGUCUUUCUAUGAAAUAAAGGUGGAAAACUUCUCGGGCGAUCUGGGAAACCUUAAAAUAUCUCGAUUUAAGCGUCUUUUUAAUG